CCACGUCGCUGGCAGCAGCGAGAAAACAGCGCAGUGCACGGAGAACGCAGAGCCACCAUCGGACUGCGAUUGGCGAACGAUUCCGACCGCCACGACCACCGCGAAGACAGGUUUGUUCGUAAUUUGCGUUCUGGUCCCUUUCUCCCGAUUUCGUAACCUAAAUUCCUGAUUUUCGUAACCUAAAUUUCUGAUUUUGUGAUUUCCGACCACUACGACCCAUUCUGUGAAUCGUAAUUGCUGUAGCUGCUGCCGUUAAUCGCUGUUCAUUCUUAAAUUUUCCUCCAAUUUCAAUUUCGUAGCUUUGGAGGAUAUGCUAUCCUCGGCCACUGCACUUUUUUCUAUUGUAUUAAUACUGAGUAAUGUAAAUGAAAUUUUUGGUUGUUCCAUUGCUAGACAUUCAGGGGUUUAAAGCAACAAUCAUAUUGAUGAUGUCCGUUGAACUUGGAAGGAGGGCAUUUAGAAAGAUAGGGAACCUAAUCUGAUAGAAGGGAAAGCUUUUAUUCUUGUUGAAUGUAAUGUAUAGAUCUUGCAUAUAGUCCAUGUACAUAGCUUUUUAUGACCCAUUAUAUGUGCUCUCCAUAUAAAAUAAAACUCUGCUGCUAGUCUUCUGAACCUGCCUGAACUGAAUCAGUUAUGUUAUUAUAUAUUGCAGGGUUAUCUGUUGUGAUAAUUUUCUUGUUUAAUAGAUAAUUGUUGUUGUAUUCUUCAAUUGAAGUUUUUGCAGGAGGAAAGUUCCUGUAGAUAUACAUGAGCAGCGAUUCUACAUGUGUUUUUUUUUUUUACUGUUAUUAUUUUUACUUGCAAAUCAUGUCGAUGACCCACUCUGUUUGCAUAUAGUUUGAAUCCAAGAUAUAAAAAUGAUAAAGACAAUUGCUUAGUUUAAAAAUUUAGUUACUUAAAAAAUAAUAAAAAUUAGUGCAGAUAAAAACCAAUAAUCCCCUCUAUUAAUGCUAGUAUAAACACAUGGAUUAGGAGCAUGUACAUCCGCUUCUUACCGUAGUUUUUCCCAGUUUUUGAGUCGUUGCUUUUCCUCUUAAACCCUAAUCCAUAGGGUUUCGAUUCGAAACGACGACAAAAUUUCUGCGAAGUCAGCCAGACGAAUAGCUUCUACCUUUGAUUCCUGUCUGCAACACCGAUAUAAAAAUGCCAAAAGUAAAGACAAAUCGUGUUAAAUACCCAGAGGGUUGGGAGUUAAUUGAGCCUACACUCCGGGAACUUCAAGCAAAGAUGAGGGAAGCUGAGAAUGAUCCACAUGAUGGUAAAAGGAAAUGUGAGACACUGUGGCCAAUAUUUAAGAUUGCACACCAGAAGAGCCGCUACAUAUUUGACCUCUACCAUCGGAGGAAAGAAAUUUCUAAAGAACUGUAUGAAUUCUGUCUUGAUCAAGGAUAUGCUGACCGCAAUCUAAUUGCUAAGUGGAAGAAGCCUGGUUAUGAACGUCUAUGCUGCCUGAGGUGCAUGCAGCCACGCGAUCACAAUUUUGCCACCACUUGUGUUUGCAGAGUUCCGAAGCAACUUAGGGAGGAGAAGGUGAUUGAGUGUGUUCAUUGUGGAUGCAAGGGUUGUGCAAGUGGAGACUGAUUGGACAACAAUUCUUGUAUUGGUGUAAGUGGAGGGUUUCUUAGUACUAAUUUCGUCAAGCCUUUCUUUAUUUUCUGUUGUCCGAAACUCAGAUGGGACACAAUUUCUCCAUUUGUAUUGUUGUCUACUACAUGAGUGUUGUGUAUUAGGUAUAUUAUUUAUAUGUCUAGUUCAGAAUCUGACUUAGUUUUGUGCCUCU